CCCAUCCUCUUUUUCGUGUAGUUUUUUCGCUGUUGAUUAUGUUUAUUUUGUAAAGAAUUUGCAUUUAUUGAUCUUGUCUACGUAUUAAUAGUAAAUUUUGCAGGUUACGACGUCUACCAACCAUCUUUAGACAUCUAUAAUGGCAAACGAUAGAGAAGUCUUGCGAGAGAUAUGGGAUGGUAAACUACCUAUUUGUUUUCAAUUAGCUCAAGAAGAAAUAAUGGAAAUUCAACAGCCGGAUCCCUUCUAUGUAAUGGUACCAAGGCUGAGUUAUUUUCCACUGGUUACAGACAAGAUGAAAAGACACUUCCUUCGUUUUAUAUCUCAAGAAAAUGCUGAUAAUGAAAUGUGGUUGGACUAUAAUGGCCAGCCAUUAAAAUGGCACUACCCAAUUGGUUUUUUGUAUGAUCUCUACUGUGGUGUCGAUCCACAGUUGCCUUGGACUCUUACUGUGCACUUCACAAAAUUUCCUGAAGAUGUAUUGUUGCACUGCCCUAACAAGGAUGUAGUAGAGGCACACUAUAUGUCAACAGUUAAGGAGGCUGAUGUGUUAAAGCACCGUGGUCAAGUCAUGUCAACCAUGCAAAAGAAAGACCAUAAUCAACUAUGGCUUGGCUUACAGAAUGACAAAUUUGACCAAUUUUGGGCCAUAAAUAGAAGAUUGAUGGAGUCUCAUGGAGAUAAUGAAGGAUUCAAACAUAUUCCUAUAAGAAUUUAUUCUGAUGAUGGGUCCUGUUAUCAACGGCUUGUUUGUCCUAAGAAUCUAGAUGGCAGCAGAAAGGUUUUACAACAAAUGAUUUCAGAAUUAUAUCCUGAUAAAGUAAACUUAAAACUAAGAACACAUGGAAUAACACUGCCUUUGGACACCCCACUGCAAUGGCUCUCAGAACAUAUGAGUUACCCUGAUAAUUUUCUUCACCUUUGUAUAUGUUGAAUGACUCAUGUUGUUUGUGGAAGCUUUCAUAAUGUUAAAUGUGCAGCUACAUCAAGUUUUUGUACACACCUAAAUGAACUACUAGAAGUAGUCGAGAUAAUCACUGAUGCUUAGCGAAAUGCAAUUGUAUAUAUCCCUAGUCAUAAAGUUAAAUAAAAUGCAAUGUAAAGACCAAUUUUUGCUUUAAAAAUAGGCACAGCGAUCGGCCGUGAUUAUCUCUGAAUAGAAAAGUAAUGGAAUUACAUACCAUUAUAAUUUUAAUUGGUCGCCAGGCAUUACCAGUUUAUUUUAUUACUCAAAAAAUAUCCAAAAUAAUAUAUUGUAAUAGUUUUAAUACUGAGAAAUUAAUGGAAGAAGUUGGAGCUUAAUAAAAUUUUUAACUAUAAAGAUAAUGUAUUUUUAUUUAACCAGUAAAGUGCAAGUUUUUUUUUUAUUAGUUAAGUAAAUCUACAAUAGAAAAAGUUGUUUGACAAAUCAUAUUCUGGUCAAUGAUAUUACAGAACUAUAGAUAUGUUACGUUCAUAGAAAUUACGAUUUUAAUCCGUGCCGAGCUAUUCCAAAUUGCACACAUUGACAAAUGUAACUGAUAAGUGAAACAAAAGAUACGAAAUAGCACGCAAAUGAAAGAGAUAGCUAUAGUUUUAACGAUUCUGCACUAACUAAUCUAUGUCCGCAGCGCACGCAUCCUUAUCGCUCUAACGUCAAAACAAGAUCGCUUUCUCUUUCUUAACUUGAACAUGGCGCAUGGCGUCUUGAUUGUUUGCAUAAAUAAUUGAAAAUAUAAAUACUAAAUAAUUUUGCAUAAUCACAUGUGGUAAGAGAUCCC